AUGCCUUUAAAAAAAGAUGGAAAAUGGUUUAGCCGUGAAAAUUUUACUUUCCGAGGUAAAUUUAUUCAAUGUGAUGUCAAUUCAGAAAUACUCUCUAAUCAAGAAGACAAAUGUCCUAACUGUAAAAGAUUGCGUGAAGAAUGGUUUUGGUGUCGACCUUGUGAAAUUAUAGAAUUUGAAAAAAAGAAAUGGACCAGUGGAAAUAAAGAAAUUGAUGAAUUAAUUAAGGAAAGUCAAAUUAAUGCAACAAAAUUUUGGGAUUUUAUAGAAUGGAUUCCAAGCGAAUCGAUUGAAAAAUAUGACUUGAUUGGUAGAGGAGGGUUCGCUACUGUAUAUGUAGCGACGUGGUUGGAUGGUCCAAGAAUUAAACCAGUUAUAAAUGAUGACGGAACAGUCAAUAUUGUUCGUGCAAAACGUUGGCCUGUUGCUUUGAAAAGACUAGACAAAAAUAGAAAAAAUUUUCUAAAAGAGCUUUUUAUGAUAGUAGAAAUCUUUCUCAAUAUAUUAUCAGAUAAAGAUGAGUUGAAAAAUGAUGCUAAUUCCGCUCAAAUUCGUUCUGAAAAUUCAGUUAUUCGGAAUAUUUUUACGUCUUAUUGUAGUGAUUAUUUGGAAGUGUAUUAUAUUAUAUUUAUAUUAUUGUUAUUCGGAUACUCAUAUUCGUCCGGUUUAUCCCGUAAUCGUUCAACAUUCGUCCGGGUAUGCUACAAAGCAAAGACUACUAGUGAACUUCCAUUUGAAGCUAGUGCUAUUAAAGAUCUUGAAUAUAUUAGAAGGUAUCAUCAAUAUUUAANUCCAUUUGAAGCUAGUGCUAUUAAAGAUCUUGAAUAUAUUAGAAGUGUAACAGAUACUGGAGGCGUUUUCCGUCAAAUAAUAUCAACUUUCUGGAACAAAGUCCUUGAAUGUGAUUUGUACUUUACAAAUGGGAUAAUCGAUAACACAACAGAAUCUCAUAUUCUAGGCAAAAUGUUAUUUUGGACCAUCUUACACUGUGGUCUAUGGCCACAGUGGCUUCACAAAUUGCAUAUACAAUAUUUUAUUGAUGAAAAAAUAGACGUGGUGAACGUUCUAAAAACAACUAAUCAUAAUGUUUAUCGCUUAUAUCGUCAAAUAAAACACAAUAUUGACGCUAAAAAAUCAUUAAAUGUAUAUUUAAGCAAUAGAGAAAUUGAUGGUGAAUUUAGUUCUUUAAGUAAAGAAGAACAAGCUGCUUUUAUAGCAGAAUAUGAAAUUAUCACCAUAAGAAAAAAAGCUCUUGAGGAAUUAAAACUUGGAUUCGAUAGAUUUAACAUUAUUAAUGAGUUAAAAAACAACUGCAAUUAUCAUAAUUUAGUUCGGGAGCUUUACUACAAAUUUACAUACGAAAUUAUAAUGAAUCAAUUUGAUUGCAACCAUGUGGAACUUCAGGCACUCCAUAAACCUGAAUAUCUUCAACUAUUUAACAAGUUUAAAGAGAUGUUAAAGUCAAUGAGUGAAACGGAAUUAAAAAUAGUAAUGAAAUUUAUCACAGGAGCAGAAAUAAUUCCAGCAAUUCCCAAAAUUAAGAUCUCAUGGAUUAACCUUAAACCAGAAGAAACUUCUCUCUGGGUAAAUCGAUUACCACGUGCCUCUACAUGCGGAAAUAUGUUAACCUUAUGUGAAAAUUACGAAAUGUCCAAUGAAGGAUUUAAUAUCUUUAAAAAUGAUCUAUAUGUUGGAUUUAUGAAUUACGAAGCUUUCUCAGAGUCCGUAUAUUCAAGAACUUACAAUAUUAAUUAUUCUUUACAAGAUGAAAUUAGGAAUGCAAUGGAAAUCUCACCAAGUUCACCAAGUUCUUCUACAGUUGUGACCCCAAUUCGAUUAUCAACAGCUCAAUUUAAUUCAACAUCUACGGUUAGAUCUUCUGGUAAUUCACUUGAUAAUGCUAUUUUUAUUGAUGAUGCAAACAACAAUUCUUUAGAAUUAAAUGCAGAUUCUCAUCAGACCGCUAGUUUGAAUACAGAAAGUCAAAGAGAAUACCGAUGGGUAAAUGUUAACCCUUUAGAACGAAGAACAAGGAGGAGGAACAAUGAUUCCGAAGUUGAGGGCAAAACAACAAAUAAUUAGGGCUAUCUCUAUUAAAGUUUAAAUAUAUUUUAUCAAAAUUGUAGCAAUCAAAUUUUGAAUAUAUUGAUGAUAAAUGAAAUUUAUUUUGUACGUAAUGAAAAUAUUCAAGUAUCUUUUAUUAUUAAUCUUUUCUCUCCCCUUGGUCAAACGAUGAAGAAUCGGUAUAUUAAUUAAGAACCGGUUAAGAAUUAGUUUCUGAG